AUUUAGGCAACCCCCGGUCAGCCUGAUAUAAAACAGUUCAUUAUUACAAUAUAGAACAAUUUCCCAUGUUUCUGUUGGCUUCAUAUAUAUUAUAUGGACCACUAUUGCACUUUUUUUUUUUUACAGUGACUUUUUAACCUAUACAACGAUGGAGUGAGAAGUGACCAUGCUUAUACUAAACUAAAACCUUGUGGCUGCCCCAUUUUAAACUUCAGAAAUGUGAAUUAUAUUUUUGUUCGUGCUCAGUACCGUACUAUAUGUCACUCACUGCCAAACAUAAAACAGAGCUUAUAACACGCGACUUUCUGGGCGUGUUAGCUUCUCUGACGUCUGCGGAGCUGACGUGACAACCGGCUGCAACGAUGGAGGAAGUAAGAGUGUUUCCUCUGUCCUGUGUGGUACAGAAGUACGCCUGGGGAAAGGUGGGGUUAGACAGUGAGGUGGCCAAGCUUGUCGUCAGUGGAGACCCAUUGGCUGUGAUUGAAGAAGACAAACCCUAUGCAGAGCUGUGGAUGGGUGCCCAUCCCAAAGGAGAUGCCGUCAUCCGAGAUAACAGGAUUUCCCAGAAGACACUGGGGCAGUGGAUAGAGGAUCAUCCUGGCUGCUUAGGGUCGAAGGUCAAGGACACUUUCCAGGGUCAGCUGCCCUUCCUGUUCAAAGUCUUGUCUGUCAACAUUGCGCUCUCCAUCCAAGCUCAUCCCAACAGGGAGUUGGCAGCAAGGCUCCACACUCAGUUCCCUGAGCAUUACCCAGACAGCAACCACAAACCUGAAAUGGCCAUCGCACUCACCCCCUUUGAGGGGCUCUGUGGCUUCCGGCCUGUGGAGGAGAUCGGAGGAUUUCUAAAAAAGGUCCCCGAGUUCCACGCCCUGGUUGGGAACGAGGCAGCAGAAGAGCUGCAGAGCAUUGUGGGAGACCCGCUCAGAGUGCCCGGAGCCCUGAAGAAGUGCUUCACUAGGAUGAUGAACUGCGAGAAGAAGGUGUUUGUCAACCAGCUUAACAUUCUGGUCAAAAGAGUCUCGGAGGAAGCGGCCGCAGGGAAAGAUACAACCGGAAGUAAUGGAGAAUUGUUGCUACGGUUACACUCCCAAUUUCCGGGUGACAUCGGCUGUUUCUCCAUCUACUUCCUGAACAUGGUAAAGUUGGAACCAGGAGAGGCCAUGUUCCUGGGAGCCAACGAGCCUCACGCUUACCUGUUUGGAGACUGCAUCGAGUGCAUGGCAUGUUCUGACAACACAGUGCGAGCAGGUCUGACUCCCAAGUAUAUUGACGUCAACACACUUUGUGAGAUGCUGAGCUACACUCCCGCUCCAGCCAGCUCCAAAAUCUUCCCUGUGUCCCGGGACCCCUGUGAUCCCUUUCUCUUCAUGUACGAUCCCCCUGUCCAGGACUUCACUGUCAUGAAGAUACAGGUCCCUGCGUCGGUGAAGCAGUACACAGUGUCCCCCAUUGACUCUGCCAGCAUCCUGCUGGUGGUGCAGGGAGAAGCCACCGGUGCCUCUACAGCAGGCCUCUCAGAGAUGAGCAUUAAGAGCGGCUCAGUGCUCUUCAUCUCCGCCAGCGAGAGCGUGUCUGUGCACAUCACCUCCCCCGCAGGCAUGCUGCUCUUCCGGGCCUGCUGCCUGCUGUAGGCCCAGGGGACACCAGGCCUGGGACUGUAGCUCACGUAGCAGUAGACCGGUCUUAGAACUGGACCGGAAAAAAAAACCAAUUUAAAUAAAAAAGAGAUGGAAAUAAAACCAUGUGUAAAGGUUGAGCAAAGUGAACAGGAGUGGAAUAUUGAAUGCAUUUUGGGGGGUGUUUAGUGAAUCCAGCAGUAGUUUCACUCCUUGAAGCACAUGUAAACAAAUUAAAAAAUAAACAUUAGUUUGAUUCUUACAAAAA